AUGCGAGAAAUACAAAAAACUCAGGAAGAGCAGAGGGCUGCACUCAAGAUACUUACAAAGCAGUUAUCUCAGGUUGCUGGGAAGAGGAAGAUGGGCGAAGCAGAAAAUGUGAUUGGAGUGAUCCAAUCUAGUGAUCUUCCACCAAAGAAAGCUGACCCAGGGGUAUUUACGCUCCCAAUUUCCAUCAGAAACGUCCAAAUGGCGCAAGCAAUGUGCGAUCUAGGGGCUUCCAUCAAUAAUAUGCUGUAUUCUAUAUACGAGAAGCUGGAAGAUGCUAAGCUUGUCAAAACCGAUAUGGAAAUACAGCUAGCAGACGGGUCUUGCAUCUACCCCGAAGGAGUUCUGGAAGAUGAACUUGUCAAAGUAAACAAGUUUAUGUACCCCGCCGACUUCUUCGUCAUAAAGACGACAGAGCCGGGAGCAGAAGAGUCUGUUGGCAUCCUUUUGGGAAGGCCAUUCUUAUCCAAAACUAGCACAGUCAUCGACGUCCGCCAAGGGACGAUGAAGCUGAGUUUUAAUGGAGAACAACUUACAUUCGAAGUUGAUAAAGCUGUGAGGAAGCCGCAGGACAGCGAGAGCAUUCAAACAGUAGACGCUAUCAGCCCUCAGAAAAAAAAGUAUCCGGAAAAGAAAUCCUUCAAAGAACCACCCUCUGGUUCCACUGAAGGUGAACAACUCAAGAGAGAGGCAGCAGAAUGGUUUGAUACGACGAUGACUGGAGAAAUGAACGAUCAAGCCAUUAGAAGGACAAUUAUGAAAUUUCGCCAACCGUCACAACCAACCGAGUCAAAAGAGGUUAUCCAACUAAGAAGGGUCGAGAAACCACCUGACCAAGCUACCCCAUUGAAAGGAACGCUGAAGGAAGAUCCCUCGCCUACAAGGCAUCUAAUCUCCGCACCAGCAUCGCCGAUGACUCUCAAGAACUUUACCAACCAGGCCAAUAACAAACCAGUCAAGCUAAAUCUGCAGGAACAGGAAGGGAAAUCGAAGAAAAAACUGAGGCCAGAUCAAGGGGUAGUCAAGUGGAAAACGCAUGCCUUGAUAGAAACUCACCCGGAGUUGUAUAUGCAUCCCAUUAUAAAAAAAGGAGGGACGCCCCACUUUAAUCGACAAUGCAGAAUUAGCCCCGCCCUGAGAUUGGAAGAGUUCAUGGUGGGGGAGGAAGAGUUACUCUUCCAGUGUCAACCGAAACUGACACCCAAAGGGCAGAAUUCGAACUGGGCAGACCCUCGAACAAUCGAAGCAAUGCACACGCAGGCAGUGAAACUCCCAUACUCUACCGACCAGGAGGAGGGUAAUAGUGUAUACAAACCAGGCGGUUGUCAAGUACCUCUUGGCGAAAAGGGGAUCAAACCCGCGUUUGCACAGGUGGUUAUUCCUUAUACAGAAGUUUGA